UUUGCUCUGUUUUUCGCUCUGCGCCCUUCACAUGUUCGACAAAAUGCCUGACUGAACCUCCUCUUGUGUCUCCCUCAUGGUGUCUCACCACGAACGGGGCCUCAUUGUCUUCUCUCAAUUUUUCACCAUGUGGUUUGUUUUCUCUCAUACCCACUUUCUCUUUUAAGCCAUUUCUCUCUGUUAUAAUGAGAAAUUUUACUCUUUUAUCUCUCAAACUGAAAAUUAUGGUGUUCUAUAGAGCAAGAUCAUGCAAUAGUUUACUUGAUUUUUGUGUUUGAAUUCCACUGUACAAUGACUUUUUAAAGUUCUUACAAAGUGAUUGAUGAGCAUUUGUGGAUUUUCAUAACCAGCUAUUUAGCAAUUUACACACCAAGGAUGGUGAUCUCAUCGAUAUUCACCGACGCCCACCAGCCUGUUAGAUCGGUUAGCUUGCCUGCGAGGGUGGAGCUCAAGCCAGAACCAUUGCUGGAGAGCCUAAAAUCCUUUCAAGUUUUGUCUUUCAAUGCGAAAACGACUUCUUUUGGACUCGACGGGAUUCAAGCUGCAUUGGUUGGGCUAGCAGAGUUGUAUAACUCUGUUGGAGAGCUUGUUCAGUCUUCUUCCACCCAGCAAGCUCUUGUUCACUAUAAGGAGGGGAAGCUUGUGGAAGAGGCUUUAACUGAGUCUGUUAUAUUGAUAGAUUCUUGUUGCUCUGCAAGAGACAUAAUCCUUGUGAUGAAACAAAAUAUACAAUCCCUUCAAUCGGCCUUACGUCGAAAAGUAGCAGAUUCGAGCAUCGAAAGCCACGUUCGUGCCUACUUCAGCUUCCGAAGGAAAGCGAAGAAAGACAUCGGAAGCUUCCUCUGUUCAUUGAAGCAAAUGCAAAGUGAUAGAACAACAAGCUUCCCCUUAUUGGAUCUACCGAAUCAUGAUUUGUUGCCUCUUAUCAGACUGCUAAGAGAAGCAAGAACCAUCAGCAUCUCCAUCUUCGGAGAGCUUCUAGCAUUCCUAUCAACGUCGGUGGCGAAGGGGAAGGCUAGCGGGUGGUCAUUGGUCUCACAAUUGAUGUUAACGAUCAGGUCGAGAUCGGGGAAAGGACGGAAAAUAGUAAAUGAGUUGGAGAGUGUGGAUAUUGCUCUCCAUUCUCUCCUUGGCCAUGGGAGAGAAAACGAAAGCAAUGAUAAAAAAGCUGAAGUUCAAAUGGCACAAAGAAGGCUUAGAACAUUGGCGUCAAGUUUUGAAGGAAUAGAGAGUGAAUUGGAUUGCAUGUUCAGAUGUUUAGUUAAAUAUAGAGUGUGUUUUCUUAACAUGCUGGUUCAUUGAUUUGUUGAGAUCUCAAACAUUCGGAAGUAUUGUACAUUUUAGCCACUUUGUGGUCACAAUUUUAUCUAAGAUAAAUAUAAUCGGUCAUUCUUUGAUAGCACGAAA